CUCUUGAGGAGAGCACUGGACUAGGAAUUCUCGGCUAGAAUUUGAUGACAGAGCAUACACAUCGCAAAAUGAACCCUUUAGACUUACCUCUAGAUUGUCUAAUUACGAUUUUCUCAUACUUACAUGACGAAGACCUAAUCACAACAUCACAUGUUUGUAAGGCAUGGCAGGAGGCAGCGGAGACCCCUUGGCUUUGGCGAAAGAUGUGUUUGCAGCGAUGGGGUUUUUGCAAUAUUGCCGGCUUCCUGUCCGGCAUAGACAAGCAGAGCUGGAAAAGCUACUACAUGCGGCGUGCCCUACUGGAGUUGAAAAUGAAAACCGGGGCGUCGGGUAGCGACUACAACUGCCAAAGCCUCAGAGGACACAACGGAAGGAUUUCCGGCGCUGCGUAUUUGGCUGGUACCAGUGUCACCUCCGAGUUCUGGAAGGAAUCUUCUAUAGUGUGCAGUGCCUCCAAAGAUGGGACUGUGAUCGCCUGGAAUGUCCAGAAGGCUGAGCAGCUGUGGUCCAGUCCAGUGCAGAGGCCGCUCUGUGACAUUGUUGUGGAUCUGCAGAGUAACGCUGUGGUCACCGUGGACGACAGGGGAAUGGUGAAGUCCUGGGAGGGUUCCACAGGUCAGGAGAUGGCCUCCUAUUCCACUGGCGCCCCAAGGAACACAUUGUAUGCAUGCAACAUCAGUGACAAACCCGUCAUCACGGUUGGCUCCAGUAACGGGACAUUGCACACCUUGACAAGCCCAUCACUGGCAAAGCUCUCCAGCCACGUGGCGUUUGACUCCUUGACUGGACUGGACUUAAUUCUGUCAUCGCCAGACAAGAAAUGGAUUUUUACGGCUUCAAAGAAUACUUCCGUUUUCAGUCCAAAGGUGUUCCUGAGUGAGAGUUUGAGUAGUGGGCCUGAGGGUGAGGGGCCGGUGAGCACUAGCCUGCCGUCCUCUGCCACUGGCUGCUUCGCGGCUGCCUUCGUCCCCUCCCAUCCUGCCAGGGUGGCAGUGGUGCACAGCGGGCAGCUCUCGCGGACCAAACGCCUCUGUGUCUUUGACAUCAGCAUGAAGAUGAUGAAGUAUGAGGAAGCACCCUUUGCCCAGCAGGUGGAGUCCUUUGAGCUGGAGCUGCCGCAGGUGUCCGGCGUCCUUCUGCAGGCCAGAGAUGGCAACACCCUGGUGGUGGCGGCCGGGAGCCAGCUGAGGGUCUACUCUCUAAAGGGAGCCCUGCUGCACAGCAUGGAGGACCACACGCAGCACAUCUCCUCACUCUGGGUGGACAGUUUUCGUGUUGUGACUGCCUCUCGUGACUUAUCUCUGAGAGUCCUGACCUGGAGUCAAGACAACGAGAAGGGUCUCCGUCUUGAUAGCCGCUACCACCUCCUAGGAGGCUCCCAUUCAAUGUCAAGUGGAUUCACCUUUGUGACAUGUGAUGACAUCAGUAUUGUCGGAUCAGUUGAAGGAGUAAACGGAAAAGAUGUCCUGAAAGCCUAUACCUUCAACUCUUAAUGAAGAGAGUUUUUGAUGACAAAAAGGGACACUCCAUGUUCUUAAAAAUGGUGCAUAUGCACCUCAAGGUAUAAGAAGUAAUUUUUGAUAUCCAAACCAAACCAUGCUUAUUGGCUGUUGGGAACAAAAAGCCACUUGGUAUGAACAUCCAGCAGAUUUUACCACUGAAAUCAUUGACGACAUCUGUAAGAUGUUUGGAUAGGGCACCAAAUGGGAAUUGGUGGUGGGUGAUGUAAGGUUUACGGCCAAACUAAGAACUUUCACCAAUAUUUUAUUGGUAGUUGUGAUUACACAACAAAGCUGUCAUAUUGUUGCCUAUUUGUUUGUAAUAUGUUGUUCACAGAUUAUUUUGAGAGUUCUUUAUUUUUACUGUUAAUUGUUAAUAAUGUCAACAUUCAAUGAACCUGCAAGCGAUCUGGAUAGAGCAUGAUAUGUCGGAUGUUGUGAUGUCAAAUUGCUAUAUCAUGAGCACUUUCACACACAAACAUCUAGUUAAGAUUACAUAACAAAGGCGUUUAAUUGUCAGUUUGUAAUGUAUUGUGCACUAGUUUGAAUUUAAUACAGUUUGCAUUUACUGUAAGUUGUUAACAAUGCCAACAUUCAAUCAAUGCCAAACAAUACCAUAGUUGUUGAGAAUAGUGCAUGAAAUGGGACUAUUGGGUGAUGUAAUGUUUUUGGCCAAAAUAUAAUGAGCACUUUCACUAGUUUGUACGUUCUGAAGAUUACAUAACAAGGGUGUUGGAUUGCCUGUUUAUUUUUUUUUAAUGUAUCGUGAACACAUUACACAUGUUAGUUUGAGUGUUCUUUUUUUAAAAACUUUGUUUACAGUCAACCGUUUACAAUGUCAACAUUCAUUCAAUGCAAUAUUUGUACAGUUUCAAGCUUGAUUGUUUUCCUGAGACCGAGGUAUGCCUUGUACAAUAAACAAAAUAUCAGUACAAAAACAACUGAGCAGUUCAUACAAAAGUACCAGUAUUUUCAAAACGGAAAUGGCACAAAAAUAGGUAUUUCAAGUUGCUUCAUAUUGUCCCAGAAGGAUGUUGAGCUUAUUAGUUUGGCUCUAGCAGCUACAGUUCUUCAGAGCUUAUGGGUCGGUCACAAAAGGUUCUGGCGUGUCACAGGAAGUCUAGGCUGGUCCAGACUAGUUAGCAGUAGCUUGGUGUCUGUACAAUGAAAACAAAUCCGUGAUCCAUGGCUCCAUGGAGGAUUUCAAGAUACAACGGGAGCAAGUCAUUUUCUGCACUCCUGCCCUUUCCUGUGGCGUCCAACUUCAUGACAUGAGGCUCGGCAUCAUCUUUAAGUCUUUCUUCAAUAUCUUGCAAAACAUAAUUCACAAUUCCUGCUGUCAUUUAAUCUGAACUGGUUGGGCUCUGCCGUGGCCA